AUAAACCUGGACACGUGAUUAGCCCAAUUAGUAAGUGGAGCAAGAGGAGUGAAGCCUCUUUCCUCAGUUUGUUCUGGAGCUCUGAGGAGUUCCCAAAGUAGGGAACCCAUCAUGAUGGGUCGUGUGAUGCUUCUUGCAGUUGGCACCCUGCUAUUGUUGCUGCCCUCAUCUUAUGGGCAGUUCCCCCGGGCAUGCAGCUCGGCAGAGGUCCUCCAGAGCAAGGAGUGCUGCCCAGCCUGGUCUGGAGAUGGUUCUCCUUGUGGAGAGGUCUCCGGGAGGGGGGCGUGCCAGGACGUGGUCCUGUCCAACUCCUCUGUGGGUCCACAGUUUCCUUUUUCUGGGAUUGACGAUAGAGAAAACUGGCCCAUUGUCUUCUACAACAGGACUUGCCAGUGUGUGGGCAACUUCAUGGGCUUCAAUUGUGGGGACUGCAAGUUUGGCUACACCGGGCCAAACUGCACCGUGAGGAAGGUGAUGGUGAGGAAGGAAAUCUAUAGGAUGAGCACUGCUGAGAAGGACAAGUUUAUUGCCUACCUUAACCUGGCCAAGCGCACCAUCAGCACAGACUAUGUCAUUGCCACUGGGACCUAUGCCCAGAUGGGCAAUGGUACCAACCCCCUCUUUGCAGAUAUCAAUGUCUAUGACCUGUUUGUGUGGAUACAUUAUUAUGCCUCCAGGGAUGCCUUCCUGGAAGGAGACCAGGUGUGGAGAAACAUUGACUUUGCCCAUGAAGCCCCAGCUUUUCUUCCCUGGCACAGAUUCUACCUGCUCCACUGGGAGCAACAGAUCCAGAAGAUUACUGGUGAUGAGGACUUCACCAUUCCCUUCUGGGACUGGAGAGAUGCCCAGCAGUGUGACAUCUGUUCUGAUGAGUUCUUUGGGGGGACCCACCCAACCAGCACCGUCCUCCUCAGCCCAGCAUCCUUCUUCUCCUCCUGGCAGAUUGUGUGCAGUCAGCCUGAAGAAUAUAAUCGUCUGAGAAUCGUGUGCAAUGGCACAUCUGAGGGUCCCCUACUGAGGAGUCCUGGACGACAUGACAGAAACCGGACCCCCAGGUUGCCCACCUCAGCCGAUGUAGAAGCGUGUUUAUCGAUGGCAAACUAUGAUACUGGACUUAUGGAUCGAACUGCCAACUUCAGCUUUAGGAACACAUUGGAAGGUUUCACCAUCCCACAGUCGGGAAUCGCAAACAGCUCCCAAAGUAACAUGCACAAUUCCCUGCAUGUCUAUCUGAACGGAUCUAUGUCCUUGGUCCAGGGUUCUGCUAAUGACCCGAUUUUUGUUCUUCACCACACAUUUGUUGACAGCUUAUUUGAGCAAUGGCUGCGAAGACAUCGGCCAACACUUGACGUGUUUCCAGAGGCCAAUGCACCAAUUGGACACAAUCGUGGAUACAACAUGGUCCCAUUCAUUCCACUGUAUACUAAUGGAGAGUUCUUCGCCCCGUCAAGAGAUCUGGGAUAUGACUAUGAUUAUCUUGCUGAAGCAGGUUCUUUUGAAGACUUCUUGACGCCAUAUCUGGAGCAGGCACGACAGAUUUGGCAGUGGCUCCUGGGAGCUGCGGUAGUAGGAGGCUUACUUACGGCGGUGAUGGCCGUGCUGGCUGGAUUGGUGUGCCGGAAGAAAAGAAGACCUACAACAGAAGAGACUCAGCCUCUUCUCAUGGAGGCCGAAGAUUAUCACAGCACGUAUCAAUCCAAUCUAUGAUGAAAGAAAUAUUAGUACACUGCUUUUUAGAUGGUACUUCAUUUACAUUGCGAUACACAAUGUGUGUAACACAAAUCCCCAUGUAACGAAGGUGGUGUAAUACUCGGGAAGCAAGAUAUAUUUUUAUACUGGGUUUUAUCCUUCCAAUCUUUUGCCUUUAAGACUCAAUAUUGGCCCUUUUAUUCCAGGUCUGGUACAGUUUAUCGUCUGCUUCAGCAACGAUGGGUUAAUAAUGUGCCUUAAGUAUGUAAUGAAUUAAUAUACGGUAUAUGCUGCCGAGUGUGCAACAAACAGUAGAUUAUACUGAUAUGUAUGACCCAUGCGGAUUGUCAAAUGGUCUGUAAUAUGUCCAAACAUUAAACCCCAUUUUUUCUUA